AUAAUAAUCUUGAAUACCAAGUCGAAGAAAGAAUAAUAUAUUUUGUUGAUUCUGAUUCAGUGGUGACACGGAAAUACAUAACCUUUUUUAAAAUUGCAAAAUCCAUGCUUCUCGAAUAUACAAGUAUUAGUUAUGAAAAAUAUGAUGAAAUACUUGAUAAAUCUGUCGUUGAGCUGGCAGAAUGUAAAACUGCAUUUCGAUCAAUAAGACAUUUUGGAAAAAAACUUUUGACUUAA